AGUUCACCGUGAAGGUUAGGCCGGCUCCCGCUCCUCGACAGAGAUCACCAGUUUCACGUUGUUUCCAUAGCUGGAUGAUUUCCUCCGCUCUCAGAGAUGAGGCCCAGAAGUCAGCUUGGAUGGUUGAAGCUAUUUCUUCUAGUAUCAGCGUUCCCCUGCUGCUGGAGUUUGGAAGUUUCUAUCCCGGAGAGAGAAUAUAAGGUGGAAAAGGGAAACGAUGUCACGAUGACGUGUUCCUUCGUCCCAGCCGUGUCUGUUUUUAACAACUUUCUCCUCACAUGGGACGCUUACCCCGACGCUGAUGGCGCCCCACUGAAAACAGUGGCCUCGUACUUUUUGAACAGCCCUGUCGACAUUGCACCAAAUUACGAGGGCAGAGCGUUCCUGGACGUCAACAUCGCUGCGGGAACCGCCACGCUGCGCCUAUCGAAGACGACCACCACCGACAACCGCCACUACCAGUGCAGCGUAAAAAUAUCAGGCGACGACGAGGGAACGACCGCCGCCACCACGUCCCUCUUGGUCCUGGAGCCCCCCUCCCCACCGAUCUGCAGUCUCCAAGGUGCAGCAGAGUAUUUUAAAAACAUCAACAUCACCUGCAAGUGUGAAGAGGGGUCCCCAACACCAAACUACGGGUGGACAAGCUACAGUGUCGCCAACAUUCCCAGACGAUUACCACCGAAGGCAACUCAGAGAGAUGGAGUUUUGUCUCUCUUCAAUAUUUCAAAAGAAACAUCUGGAUUCUACGUCUGCCGGGCAGAAAAUACAGUCGGUUUUGCCACCUGCAACUUCACCUUAGCCGUGGUGCCUGCGAGCAUGAAGGCUGGUUCAACUGCAGCAAUAGUCGGAGGAGUCCUUGCAGGUGUACUGGUUCUGGGGAUUAUCAUCUUUUGCUACUGCCGGCACAAGAACAAAAAAGACAAAUAUGCUGAAGGCUCCCCAGGUGAGAUGGAGUUUUAUGACAAAGAUGGUCCUGAGGCCGGGGAGGAUGACAGGUCAACCAUUCCAAGACAGAAAGAAGACUCUGACAUUGUUCCCGGAGGCGAUUACGCCACAGGAGGAGCAGGGCAGAGGUCUGAGGACGACCGGUUCGAUGGGAAGGGCAGUGAGGUUGGCUCGCGACAUUACCGUGACGACCAGCAUGAUGGGAAGGGCAGUGAGGUUGGCUCGCGACAUUACCGUGACGACCAGCAUGGUCAUCAUCGGGGAAGUCGCGAUCAUCUUGACGAUCAACGCGAUCGCCAUGGCAGUCGGGAUCGCCUUGACGAUCAACGCGAUCGUCAUGGCAGUAGGGAUCGCCUUGACGAUCAACGCGAUCGCUAUGGCAGUCGAGAUCGCCUUGACGAUCAACGCGAUCGUCAUGGGAGUCGGGAUCGCCUUGACGAUCAACGUGAUCGCUAUGGCAGUCGGGAUCGCCUUGACGAUCAACGCGAUCGCCAUGGUAGUCGGGAUCGCCUUGACGAUCAACGCGAUCGCCAUGGCAGUAGGGAUCGCCUUGACGAUCAACGCGGACGCUAUGGUGGCAGUCGUGAUCACCUUGACAACCGUCGAGACCAUUAUGGUGGCAGUCGUGAUCACAUUGAGUACAUUGACGAUUACAGAGAUUGAUGUGAACAUAUCCGAGGUUGCUGAACGCUCGUUGGACGGCUGCCACGGCUACCUUCGGGGCUGGCGACCAAAACCUUGUCCAAGCCAACUGGACUUCCUUCAACCAGGUAACCAAAUCCACUGGUUGAGGAGGGCCAGUUAAAUGUCAAAAAAAUGUAUGUUUUUUAGUUGAAGAAAAUAUCAAAAAUACCAGAUAUGUUUUGGCGAAAGCCAAUAACCCUAAAAUCUUGUGACACUGCUUCACCAAUCACACCAGGCCUUUAACUGUAUUGAUCAUGUUCUAGUGUCCCUUUCUUCCCUUUACUCUGUCCUGAUAUCAUUCAAAUUAAAUCAGCUAAGAAAAGGUAUUUUUCUGAGUUUGUAAAAAACAUUAUAGAACAAACUGCAGGUUUAUUUAACAGUAACAUUCCCGCCUUCAGUUUCAUGACUAACAAAAGAUGAAAACUGCGAAUUGCUGGACAGCCGGUGACGAACGAACAGCCUUUCAUCCUUCUGAUAGAGAACAUUGCAAUGCUCCCAUGACAACAAACAGUUUAAGGUUUUAAACAAUAAAUAAAUAAUUAACUCAGUUUUAAUGUGUAUUCCACCAAAAUCCAUCAAUGUGCCAUCUUGGAUGGUUUAAAUGGCAUUAUGGCCAUUUUUUCCACAAGUUAAUGCAGUUUUAUUAGGUCUUAAUGGAAUGUCUGUGAUAUACUUUAGUCGAAAUACCACAGGCAUACAGUAUAAAAGCUCCUUUUCAACAGUUUCUUUACUGCUCUUUACCUACCAGAUGGUUUUAGGAGGGUGGAGUCAGCAACACGGCUCCACCCACCUAUCCUGCAGGGCGUGUCUAUUUUGAGCUAAGUGGUACAGCUUUAUAUCACCCUCCUCCUAGGCGUAAAAAAAAAAAAUUAAACACUCUGACUCUGAUCUGGGUGUGUGAUGUCACAGUACCAAGCAGAUCUGACCUUUUGAGCCAGUAGUGAAGUCAGAUUUCCAGUGAAUGCUCCAAAGCACAGAAUAAGUUUAUUCUUAUCAUAUAAAAAUGUCACAGAGCAAAGGAUGAGGUCCUUUGAAGGAUCCUUGACAUCAAAACUGUCUUUGAUUUGAUUUGAUUGUAUCUAUAUUUGAUUACAUUGCAUUCUCAAUUUGCAACAUUUAUGAGAAGCAACUUUUUAUUGGUAGCGUAAAUGGCGUGGAGUAAGAUUGAGUUUUCACUGUAACUUGCUUCUUUUUCAGAUUUACUCAGUUAAAUUUGUUUUAUUAUCAAUCUAUCAACUGGGUAAACUACCUCUGUACAUAUCCAAUUUAUUAAAAUAUUACUCUUGUAGCUAUAACACUAGAUCAUCAGAGAAAAUUCUCCUCAUGGUCCCAAGCACUCGAACAGAGUUGGUAAAUCGGCCUUUUCCUUUUAUGCACCGCAAGCUUGGAAUGAGCUACAACACAUACUCAACUUGAAAUAUUUACCUUCUCUUAACAUGUUCAAACAUAUGUUAAAAUCAUUUUUCACAGAACAAUGUCAUUGUUUUUAAUCAAGUGUCAUUCUUUGUCAUGAAUUCUUUUUAGCUUUCUGAUCCUUGUAUGUUUUAAUGUUUGUUUGUUUCUUGUUUUGAUAUGUUUUUUUGUUUUUUUUUGUAAAGUUACUUGUCCUUGUAUGUAUUUUCUUUUAUAUGAAACUGAAUUUAUUUUUCUGCUGCCAUCUUGACCAGGACUCCCUGGCAGAAGAGAUAUUGUAUCUCAAUGGGACUUUCCUCGAUAAAUAAAGGAUAAAUAAAAAUCAGAAUUCAUGGGAAUCUCUACUGGUGAUAAAAUAUGAUCCUAUAUAUACUGAUUAUAUACAACAUGCGCUUGGGUGUCUGAAGUCACUACCACUGCUGCCACUAAUGAUGAUAAUGAAAGUGAAAUGUUCAGAUUUUCAUGUAUUGUGACAUCACAAAUGCACAUCAGGGAAGAUAAUAGAUAAUAUCCAAAAAAAUCAGCUCCCUUUCAUACAGUUAACCGCAGUCUACUGCUGUCUACUCUCAAAUCCAGGCAUAUUGCAUUCUUUUUUCUGAUCCUAUCUCACCGAAUGUUCCUUUAAAGUGCCAUGGCAAGGAGAAACAUUUUCGUGUCAUUGCCUUUCCACAGGAGUGCCCCAAGGCUCAGUGCUCGGCCCCCUUCUCUUUGCAUGGGCCAGUUUAUCCACCCUAACGUCUUCUCAUAUCACCACUACGCAGACGAUACACAACUUUACCUAUCAUUCCUGCCACAUGACCUCAUCUCUUCUCAAAUGUCCACCACCUUCCACUUCCCUUAUCUAAGACUUAAGUUCUGGUUAUCCAUACCCAUCAUUUGAUCAUUCAUAACAUCAGCAUAAAUAUUGCUUCUAUUCUUGGUC